AUGAAUUGUUUCUUUUCUGCAACAACUUUACAAACUAAUUUCAAGAAACCAUUAAUUGAACAACACAAUAAUAAAUGUUAUAAAUAUAUUAAAUUAAAUAAUAAUGGACUAAAAGUUUUAUUAAUAUCUGAUUGUCAUCAUCACGGUGGUUUGAAAAAUCAUUUUACAUGUUCAAUGACAAUUAAAAAUUUUGGUAGUUUUAAUGAUCCAAUGAAUUAUUUAGGAUUAACUCAUUUAUUAGAACAUUUAAUAAUUUUUAAUCAUUAUCAAUUUAUUAAUCAAUUGAAAAAAAUGGGUGGUGAUAUAAAUGGAUAUACUUUGGGUGAUUUUAUGAAUAUUUAUUUUGAUGUAUUGAUAAAUGAACAAGAAGGAGAGGAGGAGGAAGAAGAAGAAGAAGAAGAAGAAGAUUAUUAUUAUCAUCAAUUGAAUUCAAUAUUAAUGAAAUUUAGUCAAUUAUUUAAUCCGGCGAUGGGUAAAAAUGGUAGUGGUAGUGGUAGCGGUAGUGAUGGUAGGAUGGUCAAUGAUAAAAAUUUAAUCAUGGGUGAGAUUAAUUCAAUUAAUGAAGAACAUCAAUUAAACAUAACUGAUGAUGAUAAAAUAUUAUAUCAUGGAUUAAGAUUAUUGAGUAAUAUUAAUCAUCCAUUCAACAAAUUUGCCACAGGUAAUAAAUCAACCUUAUCACCAGAAAUCAACAACAACAGUACAACUAAUAAACCGAAAUUGUUAUUGAAUAAUUUUAUCAAUAAAUUGAAAUUGAAAUAUUUAUUAAAUAAUCAUUUACAAUAUUUUUUACAACCUUCAAAUAUGAUAUUAAUUGUUAAAAGUAAAUUAUCAUUAAUAAAUUUACAAAAUUUAGUGAUUAAAAGUUUUCUGCAACUUGAAAAUAAUCACAAACUAAUAACACCACCACCACCAGGUAUUCAACCUUUCAUUGAUUCAUCGCCACCACUUUUUGUUAAGUAUAAUCAAAUAUUACAUAUAUAUCGAAAUGGUUCAAAUUCAACAAACUUGUCAUCAUCAUCAUCAUCAUUACUAUUAACAAAUCAUCAACAAAGAUUAAAACCCAUUAAAAUUCGAUUAAUUCUCCCAUUACCUAACAAAACUAAAACCCAAUCAAAUUCAAAUUCUUUAUUAUAUGAGAAUAUUUGGUGUAAUUUAAUUGGUGAUGAAUCAAUUAAUUCCCUUAGUUUUUUUCUUAAGCAACAACAAGGGCAAGAGUAUGGAGUCAAUUUAAUCAAUUCAAUAUUUGUAUUUAGUCAAUAUAUUUCUAAAAUUGAUAAAUUAUUAUUAAUUGAUAUAACUACGACCAAUAAUCAAUGUCAAAAAUUUAUAAAAUCUUACAACAAAAGAAACAACACAGCUGGUACUUAUAACAAUUCUGGUUCUGAUUUUGGUUCUGGUUUGAAUAUUGUGAUAAAUUAUCUUAUUAAUAAUAUUUGGAAAUUUAUUAAUCAAUUAAUAAUAAAUGAAAAAAAAAAUCGAUCAAUUUUAAUCAAUUGUUUAAAUGAAUAUUAUAAAAUUUUUAAAUUCAAUCUAAUUUUUCAACAACAACAACAAGAAAGGGAAGAAUCCCUGUCAAUUAAUAAUAGAGAUCAAUCAAUUGAUGAAAUAUUAAAUUUAUCAGAAUUGUUGAUUUAUGAAGAUGUUCCAAUUGAAGAUUUACCAUUAGGUAAUAAAUAUCCACAAAAAGAUAGUAUUAAUGUUGAUGAAUUUAUUUAUCAAACUGAAAAAGUAUUCGAUAUUAGUAAAUUAAAUGUUAUAAUUAUGACAUUUGAUUCCAAUAACAAGAAGAUUAAUAACAAUAUCAAGAAAAGUACCUUUAUAUCUUCUUCAACAAUUAUGACUGAUCCAUAUUAUUCAUUUGAUUAUAAAUUAGAGGAACUUGAUAUUGGUAAAGGGUUUUACAAUUCAAUGAAUAUGAUGAAGAUGAUAACGUCUGAAUUCCCAAAUUUUGAAAUGCUCCAAUCAAACAACAACAAAAACAAAAACAAMAACAAAAACAAMAACAAAAACAAAAACAAAAACAAMAACAAAAACAAAAACAAAAACAAAAACAAAAACAAAAACAAAAACAAAAACAAAAACAACGAUGAUGAUUAUGAUUAUGAUUAUGCUGAUCUAUUUAUUCCAUUUAGUAAUUCACAAUUAGAUGAUAUUGUUAAUAUAUCAAAGUAUAAUAAAUUGACGUUAUCGUUAUCGCUACCAACUAUACUAGAACCAACAUCAUCAUUGCCAAAUAAAUCACCCCGAUUAAUUUCUAGUAAUUCUAAUAAUAAAUUAUGGCAUAUUAGCCAACCCAAAAUUGAUUAUAUUAAUAUUGGAUCAACUCUGGAAAUCCUUCUCCUUGCCAAAUCAAAUAAAAUUUUAGAUACAACAACAAUAUCAUUUCAAAUUGUCAUCAACAAGUACAUCAACAACAAUGACAAGGUUAAAACAUUUAUUAUUAUUGAAUUGAUAGGAGAAUAUUUAGGUAAAUUUUUAUAUUAUAAAUUUUAUAAAAUUUGUCAAUUAUAUUUAUAUUCUUGGUCAAUUCAAUGUAAUCAUUUAAUUAAUUCAUCAAUAACGUUUAUAAUUCUGGGACCAAAUUUAAAUAUUGAGAAAGUUUUAUUAAAAUUUAUUUAUUACAUUAAUCAAUUAUUACUCAAUGCAACAACAGCUACAAAUAGCAGUAGUGGUGGUAGUGGUUGUAGUGGUUGUUAUUGUGGUGGGAAAAUUGAUUAUAAAUUAAUGGUUGAAUUGAAAAAUAAAAUACGUUUCAAAUAUAAAAAUUACAGCAAUAAUGAAGAUGAAAGUAGUGAUGUUAUUGGCGAUGAUGACUGUUUGAGGAAAAUCAUUGAUAGUAGUAUAAUGUUAUUAGAAAAUGAUAUUUGGACAAUUGAACAAAGAAUCGAUGCAUUAAAUUUAAUCGAAAUUGAUGAUUUAUUAUCUUUAAUGAAGGUUUUAAUUGUUGGUGGUGGUGGUGGUGGUGAUGAUGAUGAUGAUCAAAGGUUUAUUAAUGUUUUAAUAUCUACUUCAAUGGAUGAAUUUAAUGUGAUAAACUUGAAUCAAAUAAUUAUGAAUCAAUGGGAAAUUCCAAUAAUUAAAACAAGUUCAAUUUCAAAUCCACAAUUGAAUAAAUCAUUAAGUAGAAUUUUAUUACCUGGUCAAAAUGAAUUAUUCAAAUAUAAACUAACCAAUACAACAACAACAACAACAACAACAACAACAACAACAACAACAACAACWACUACUACUACUACUACUACUAAUAAUAAUAAUAAUAAUGUUGUGAUUUAUAAUUAUAUACAAAUUUUUCAUCAACGGAAGCCACCACCACCAUCACCAAGUACCAAAAAUAAAUUGAAUUAUUAUUACUAUUAUAAAAUGAUUUUAUUUAAAUUUAUAAAUUAUUUCAUUCAACAAAAAUUUAAUUAUCAAUUUCGUAUAAUUAAUCAAAUUGGUUACAUGAUUUAUUCCGGAAUAAGAAUAAAUAAACAAACAAUGGGAUUAUAUUUUUAUAUAUCAAGUAGUAGUGGUAGUAGUGAUAUAAACACUUAUCAAGAAAUCUUGGAUGAAUUGAAUCGGUUUCUAUAUCAGUUAGAAUUAGAGUUGGAGUUGGAGUUGACUAGUAAUAAAAGCCAAUCACGAUCACGAUCACGAUCACGAUCAAUGAAAUUAUUGGAAUAUGUUGAAUCCUUUAUAAAAUUAACCAAUAAACAAAACCGUGAUAAUAUCCCUUAUAAUGGUGAAGAUAUCAGUACUAAUAUGUUUGAUUUUGAUAACGAUAACAUUCAUGCUGGUGGUGGUGGUGGUGGUGGUGGAUUACCAACCAAUUUAUUAAUAGAAUCAUCAACUAAUCAUAAAAGUGAUAAUUUUAAUAUUUCUUCAAAUUGUUCAAAUCAUCAAAUAUAUUGGGAAUCAAUAAUUACUGGCAAUUAUGAACCUAAACCUAAACCUAAACCUAAACCUAAACCUGAACCUAAUUUCCAACACCAAAAAGACUAUAAUAAUUCUCCUCCUAAUUUUAUUGAUUUAUAUGAAAUUUUAACACCAGAAAAUAUUCUUACGUUUUAUAAAUCAAAAAUAUCAAUAAAUUCAUCAUCAAAAUCAUCAAUUUCCAUAAUUUUAUAUUAA